CUCCCAGACGAUCAGUUCGCUGCGUAGAGCGUAAUUCAGUCUGACUCUGGCAUUUCUGGUUUAAAGCAAAAGAAUUAUAGAAGCAGAAGGUUUAGCACGACCAAAGGAGAUCACAAUGGCGAGCGAUAUUCCUUUGGACGAUAAAGCAAAGAGAAUGCGAGAUCUGCUUUCGAGUUUCUACUCUCCAGAUCCUUUAAUGGCUGCCAACGCCGCUUCUGCGAAACAGGGCUCAUUAGAGGCUAUUAAUACCACUGCCUUCGAUCCCGAUCAAUACAUGAAUCUUCUGGUUCAAAAGUCAAACUUGGAGGGGCUUCUUAAAAGGCAUGUCGAAAUGGCAGCUGAAAUCAAGAAUCUUGAUACUGACUUGCAAAUGCUAGUAUAUGAAAAUUACAACAAGUUCAUUAGUGCAACAGACACAAUUAAAAGGAUGAAAAAUAAUAUUGUAGGUAUGGAGACAAACAUGGAGCAACUCCUUGAUAAGAUUAUGUCUGUGCAAUCUAGAAGUGAUAGGGUUAACACAUCCCUUCUGGAAAAGAGAGAACAUAUAGAGAAAUUGCACCGCACCAGGAACCUUCUAAGGAAAGUACAGUUCAUUUAUGAUCUUCCCAGUCGACUUGGAAAGUGUAUCAAAUCAGAAGCUUAUGCAGAUGCAGUCAAGUUUUUUACUGGAGCCACACCAAUUUUUAAGGCAUAUGGGGACUCAUCCUUCCAUGAUUGCAAGAGAGCAUCCGAAGAGGCAAUGAGUAUAGUUACAAAGAAACUUCAGGAGAAGCUAUUCUCAGAUUCUGAACCGACAAAUGAAAGAGCAGAGGCUGUAUUGCUUCUCAAGCAGUUGGACUUUCCGGUGGAUAGUUUGAAAGCAAAGCUACUUGGGAAUUUAGAGCACUUCCUUGUGGACCUUCAGCUUGAAUCUAGAGAAGCUGUGACUACUACACUGAAUUCAGAUGAGCCUUCUGAACUAGGAAAUGCUCCAGCUGUGCCACCUGAGGCUAGUAUAAAAAAGUUUGGAGAAGCUGUCCAUGCUUAUCAGACAAUAUUUCCUGGUUCAGAAAACCAGCUAAUCGAACUUGCACAGGAACUAUUUACCAGGCAUUUUGAAACCAUUCAGCAGCAUAUCAAGAAAAAAGUUUCCUUAUCUGAUCUUUUGGCAAUGCUACGAACCAUCUGGAUAGAUGUGACAGAAAUGGAUAAAGUGUUGCCUGAAGCUGCUCUCCCUGAUUUUUCUUUAAAGGCUGCGCAAAAUGCUGUCAAGCAAUAUGUUAGUAGCAUCUUCUCUCAUCUUCUGAACAGUGUUUCAGAAGCCCUCUCUGUGGUCCACAUUACACCAAAAGGAAGAAUGGAGGAAGAAUGUUCUCUGCAGGCUGUACUGGAAGCUGGCAAAAAAGCAGUGAUCCAAGGCAGUAUGGAUGCCUUACUGAACUUCCGCCAGAUGCUUGAUGAUAAUCUGGAACUUCUAGUGAAGCUAAGAGACUUAAUCAUCGAUUGGGUGCAAGAAGGGUUCCAAGAGUUCUUCAGAUCACUUGAAAAUCACUUCCUUUUGCUUUCGGGAAGAAAUAAUUUAACCAGUCAAGAUCAAGGUUCAAUGGAUGGAACACAAGGAGACAAAAUGCUCAUGGGACUUGUGCUUGUGCUGGCCCAGCUUUCGAUUUUCGUAGAACAAAAUGCAAUUCCUAGAAUUACCGAGGAAAUAGCAGCUUCUUUUUCUGGUGGUGGUGUUCGAGGUUAUGAACAUGGACCUCCAUUUGUUCCUGGAGAAAUCUGCAGGAUGUUUCGGGCAGCUGGUGAAAAGUUUCUGCAACUUUAUAUAAAUAUGAAAACCCAGAAAAUAUCAGUUCUUCUGAAAAAAAGGUUUACAACACCUAAUUGGAUAAAGCACAAGGAGCCCAGAGAAGUUCAUAUGUUUGUUGAUUUAUUUCUUCAAGAGUUGGAAGCAAUAGGAACUGAAGUAAAGCAGAUUUUACCUCAAGGACUCAUCCGUAAACACCGUCGAUCUGACAGCAAUGGUAGCACCACUUCCUCUCGUAGCAAUCCAUUGAGGGAAGAUAAAAUGACUAGGUCAAAUACCCAACGUGCCAGGAGCCAACUUCUGGAAACACAUCUUGCGAAGUUGUUUAAGCAAAAAAUGGAGAUUUUCACAAAAGUUGAAUUCACACAGGAGUCAGUUUUAUCAACAAUAGUGAAACUAUGCCUUAAGAGCUUGCAAGAAUUCAUCCGGAUGCAGACCUUCAACCGGAGUGGAUUCCAACAAAUUCAAUUGGAUAUCCAGUUCCUGCGGGCUCCUUUAAAAGAAAUUGGCGAGGAUGAAGCUGCCAUUGACUUCCUAUUAGAUGAGGUGAUUGUUGCAACUGCUGAGCGGUCUAUUGAUCCAGUUCCUCUUGAGCCUGCAAUCUUGGAGAGACUAAUACAAGUAAAGUUGGCUAAGAGCCGGGAACAAAACCCAAGUUCUUAAUGAACAUAAGAAGUAUAAUUAUCAGAGCUGAUCAGCUCUCCAUUUGGUGCUGCUUGAAGUACAUACAUGCCUUGAUUCUUUUUUGCCAAGGAAGUAGUUCUUGCUGACCAGCCAAGAACAGGAUGGUCUUGCCACACAAGAAUGCUAAAACUGGUUUUUGCAGCUGUAACAGUCCUUGAGCAUUGUUUUUGUUAGGACAAGUUGGGCAAUUCCAAGCUUUCCCAGCCAUUGGUUUUACAGUUUCUUUGAAUACAAAGAUGGUAUUGAUCAGUACAAUGAUAUUUCUUCUUGAAGCAGGUAUCAAUGGUAAGUCUUUGGGCAUAUGUAAAUUGACUACUUUGUAAUACUAAUGCUCUGAAUGAAAGGGUGGAGAAUUUUUAUGUACCCUCUUGUAAGAUUUGAGAGAUGAAUAAAGGGUUUUUCUUUUAUGCAUUGAUGUAAAUAAGUGAUCAAUCUUGCAGCUUCUCGCUUC